CGGCUUGCGUAGGUCGGGGGCGGUCAGCGCGGCCCACAGCGCGGGCGCCAGGUUUCUUCCCACGUCGCGGGCUCCCGGUGCAGGCGUGUCAGCUGCGUCUUAACCGACAGGACGAAUAUGGGGGCCGUGGCCGCCAGGCGCUGCGUCGAGUGGCUGCUGGGCCUCUACUUUCUCUCGCACAUCCCCAUCACGCUGUUCAUCGACCUGCAGGCGGUGCUCCCGGCCGAACUGUACCCGCAGGAGUUCAGCAAUCUGUUGCGGUGGUACUCUAAGGAGUUCAAAGACCCUCUGAUGCAAGACCCCCCAGUGUGGUUCAAGUCCUUCGUGUUUUGUGAGCUUGUGUUCCAGCUGCCUUUCUUCCCCAUUGCAGCAUAUGCCUUCUUCAAAGGAAGCUGCCGAUGGAUCCGAAUCCCUGCCAUCAUCUAUGCAGUUCAUACCAUAACGACAUUAAUUCCAAUCCUCUAUACAUUUCUACUUGAGGAUUUCUCCAAAGCUGUUGCUUUCAAAGGAGUAAGACCUGAGAAUUUCCGUGAACGACUGACCCUCAUAGGUGUCUAUGUCCCCUACUUAAUAAUCCCCAUUAUACUCCUCCUGUUCAUGCUGCGGAACCCUUACUACAAGAACGAGGAGAAAAGAAAGAAGAAAUAACAGACACUAGCCUGGUGGUGGAGAUCCCACAGCACAGUUGCCUUCUGGACAAUACAAGAAAAACUGCUCGGAACCCAUGUUUCAGCAGCAUUUGAAACAAGCAGCAGUGUACACAAGAACAAGAUAGUGGCAAGAACCAUGUCAGGCCCUCACCUCCCAAGGGCUGAGCAGGCCAUCAGCAGGGGGAGGGACCAGCAAAAUGGUGCCAAAGUUCUGCCACAUCAUUGCUAAACAACGGGCAAACAAGCCAGUUAGCAUACACCUGACUAGAUCCUAACUACCUCUAUAGCUGAUCACUUGUCAACCAAUGAGCACUGGGUGUUUAGGCCACCUUAAUGUCACAAAUUGUCUCUUUAACAUCCAUGAAAAACUA